ACCAGUUUCUAUUCUAAAACACUGUCACGUUUUCCCCAUCACACACAUGGAAGAAGAACCGAGGAAGAAAAGACAUCGACUGGCUGCAAUGAGCGUGUGGGUGUAAACAGAAACACAGGAAGAAAAUUACAGGUCGGAUAGGAGUUCUGAGAGAGAGAUGAGUGCAGCCAUGACACUGUGCGGUGUGCUGAACAAGAUGCGGUUGAAGGAGGAGCUAUGUGACGUGGUCCUCAGAGUGGACGAGGUGGAAUUCAAGGUCCAUAAGAUCAUCCUCUGUGCGCGCAGCCCGUAUUUCCGAGCCCUGUUCACGAAAGGGAGCAGCUCGGAGCAGAAGGUGUACACCAUGACCAAUGUAUCUCCCGACAUCAUGGAGCUUAUAAUCCACUACAUCUACACCAAGGAGAUUCGAGUCACCACUGAUAACGUGCAGGCUCUGUUGGUCAUGGCCGAUUACCUGUUCAUGCGAGACCUUGUUCGUGACUGUUGCGACUUCCAGAAAGCACAUCUCAGCCCAGAAAACUGCUUAGGGAUUUGGCAGUACGCCGACGUUCACUCAUACAACGUGCUGCAGGAUCAUUCCUACAGCUACUUGUUGCAUGUCACGGCCUGGACAUGAAUAUCGUCUGCGGUGCGUUGAGCUGCUGUGUGAUGUCUGGGCUUCCUGACGUACACCGUCGCGUACGAUGACCUUCUCUAGACGUGGAGCUUUUAAAAACGCUAUUAAACUACAUCCCAUUGACAGAACCUCUGUCUCCGGCUGUUUUAUUUCAAACGAGUUUAUUUGUGGAACCGUUCCGGAGAGGUGAGGGGGCGCUAAAACAUCUGAGGCUGUUAAAAAUCAUUUCAAAAUCAAUGAUCGUUUGAACCAUGACUCACAAA